AUGGAUAGUAUCAGGAUGGUGAUAUCUCUCGCUGCUCAAAAUGGAUGGAAGAUACAUCAAAUGGAUGUGAAGUCAGCUUUUUUGAAUGGAUAUCUCGAGGAAGAUAUCUAUGUGGAGCAACCACCUGGAUAUAUCGUCGAAGGUCAAGAAGAUAAGGUGUUGAAGCUGAAGAAGGCAUGGUAUGGUCUGAAACAAGCACCGAGAGCUUGGAAUAGCAGGAUUGACAAGUAA